CGUGACAGAGAAACAGUGUUGAUUGUUGAAAGUUCGAAGCUUUUUUUGUUGGGGGGCAAUGGCGUCUACAUCGCCGGCGGCUCCGGCAGUGGAGUCUGGGAGUUCCUCUGCGGAUGAGGUGGCUGCGAAAGUCGUACACAAGCGAUAUGAAGGACUGGUGACGGUACGGACGAAGGCUAUAAAGGGUAAAGGGGCUUGGUAUUGGGCACACCUCGAACCUGUUCUCGUCCACUCCACUGACACUGGUUUGCCCAAGGCCGUUAAACUCCGGUGCUCCUUAUGCGACGCCGUUUUCUCCGCCUCAAACCCAUCUCGGACCGCCUCCGAGCAUCUCAAACGCGGCACUUGCCCCAAUUUCAACUCCCUGCCUAAACCCAUUUCUUCUGUUUCCCCUUCCUCUUAUCUAACGCCCACUUCCACUUCUCCGCCUCCUCUUCACCAUAACAACCGCAAACGAACCUCCUCCGCCGCCGCUUGCGGCGGCGGAGGUGGAGUUGGAGGGUCUUCAUACCAAGUCCCACCUCUUGCAAUUGUGGAUCCCUCGCGAUUCUCUGGCGGAGGUGGCGGAGGUGGGGCUCUGUUGGCUCAGCAGCCGCAUUUGAUGUUAUCUGGAGGGAAGGAGGAUUUGGGGGCUCUGGCUAUGUUGGAGGACAGUGUAAAGAAGCUGAAGAGUCCAAAAACUUCACCUGGGCCAACGCUGAGCAAGACCCAGAUGGAUUCCGCACUUGAAUUUCUCACCGAUUGGGUGUUCGAAUCCGGCGGCUCUGUCUCAUUUUCAAGCCUCGAACAUCCCAAAUUCAAGGCUUUUCUUAAUCAAGUUGGAAUACCCACAAUCCCUCGCCGGGAGUUUAGAAUUUCGCGACUGAAUUCCAAAUUCGAGGAAGCUAAAACAGAGUCCGAAGUUAAAAUUCGAGACGCCAUGUUUUUCCAGCUCGCCUCCGAUGGGUGGAACGACAAAAACUACGCCCUUGUCGGAAUCGACAAGCUUGUAAAUCUCACCGUGAAUCUCCCCAAUGGGACAAGCUUGUACCGGCGAGCUGUAUUCGUCACUGGCUCUGUUCCUUCCUCGUACGCGCAAGAAAUCUUCUUGGAAACCAUCGCUGAUAUCAGUGGCAAUGUCGUUCAACAGUGUGUAGGGAUUGUAGCAGACAAAUUCAAGGCCAAGGCGCUGAAGAAUUUGGAGAAUCAACACAACUGGAUGGUUAAUCUCUCAUGUCAGUUCCAGGGAUUUUCCAGUUUGGUUAAGGAUUUCAGCAAACAGCUCCCAUUGUUCAAGACAACGACAGAGAAUUGUAUAAAGCUUGCUAAUUUCGUUAACUACAACUCACAGAUUCGUAAUUCCUUCCAUAAAUUUCAGCUGCAAGAAUACGGGCAUGCGGCUUUGCUCCGAGUGCCACCCCGAGACCACGACAACCUCAAAUUUGGGGCUGUCUUCACAUUAAUGGAAGACAUUCUGAGCUACUCUCGAGCUCUGCAGCUGGUUGUGCUGGAUGAGGCAUGGAAAAAUGGUUCCAUGGAGGACCCAAUUGGUAAAGAAGUGGGAGAGUUGAUUGGGAAUGUGGGGUUUUGGAAUGAAUUGGAGGCAGUUCAUAGUUUGGUUAAAUUGGUAAGAGAAAUGGCUGCUGAGAUAGAGACAGAGAGGCCACUGGUUGGGCAAUGCCUUGGAUUGUGGGAUGAGCUGAGGGGGAAAGUGAAAGAUUGGUGUUCAAAGUAUGAGAUUGGUGAAGGGAGUGUUGAGAAAGUGAUUGAAAAGAGGUUCAAAAAGAACUACCACCCGGCAUGGGCGGCGUCGUUUAUACUCGAUCCGUUGUAUUUGAUAAGGGAGAGGAGCGGGAAGUACCUGCCACCAUUCAAAUGCCUGAGCCCGGAUCAAGAGAAGGACGUCGAUAAGCUCAUAACUCGGCUCGUGUCGAGGGAGGAAGCUCACAUUGCAUUGAUGGAGCUAAUGAAAUGGAGGACAGAAGGGCUUGAUCCAGUAUAUGCAAGAGCUGUACAAAUGAAGGAAAGAGACCCUGUAAGUGGGAAGAUGAGAGUGGCUAAUCCACAAAGCAGUAGGCUUGUUUGGGAAACUUACCUUACAGAAUUCAAGUCAUUGGGCAAGGUUGCAGUGCGCCUCAUAUUCCUUCAUGCCACUUCCUGUGGCUUCAAAUGCAACUGGUCUUUGUUGAGAUGGGUGUCUUCUCAUUCUCAUACUCACCAAAGCCCUGCUGCUAUGGACAUGGCACACAAGUUGAUAUUCAUUUCGGCUCAUUCCAAGCUCGACCGUAGGGACUUUUCCACCGACGAAGACAAGGAUGCCGAGCUAUUCUCCCUACCCAACGGCAACGACGACGAUCAUAUGCUUAAUCAAGUUUUCGCCGAUUCCUCCUCGGUGUAACCAUUUUCCAUACUUUUUUUUUUAGACUCCUAGGAUUUAUUGAAUUCUUUUCACUAUUUUUGGGUGAUGUAGGGGUGGAACCAACAGUGUUGUUCAUAUGAGAUUCACUUUCGUAUUCCUCGAAACGCAUUCGACCUUAGAAUAGCCAUAUCUUGUUCAUAUCUAAGUUGAAAAUUCUGGCAUUUGCCGAGGCGGUAUUGAUGCCGAGGCGAACGGGGGAGAGGCUGUAGCACGGGCAGGGAAGGCAGAGAAAAAGCAAAGGAGGAAGCUUUUUAGCUGGAGAAGCACUUGGGGAGUGAUUGUGUUGAUACUUUUAGAAGCUGAGUCCAAAAUUGUCCCUUUUUUUUUGUGUAUUUGUGAAAGACAGUGGAGACCCACCAUUGAAAUCAAGCAGUGGAAGUCAUUUUCGAAGCUUAGACAAAAACCAGAGGGAAAAAGGAUGAGGGGGAAGCGUUUUGCCAUCAAAUCAAACCCUUUUAACAUUCUCAA